UUCAAUGGGAUUCAACUGAAGGUCAGCCAGUAAGCUUUCGGCAUGCCCUCGACUUCCUGGACUGCGGUUUCGUAUCCUUGUUAGUGAAGUCGCUGAUAAAGCUGCCGCUGUUGGUUUCUGCCGCCGCCGCCGUCGCUGCUGUGUGUGUGUGUGCUGAAAAGUUUUGCUUGGGGCUGCGAGGCAGAGAGAGUGGGCAGCGCCGGAGAGAGGCGAGAAGGAUUCAAUAGGGAGCGGAGCAGGACCGGGGGGGCUGCGAGGGACAGACACGGGCUCGGCCGGUGGGCAGGAGAGCCGGGGUUGUUCGCUGGCAGGCGCACACUUUAACGAUUGCACGCAAAAAUGAGGUUAAAAGUAGGUUUUAUCCUCCGCAGUUUAUUGAUAAUAGGGACUUUCUUAGGCUUGGUGGUGCUGUGGUCUUCCCUUUCACCGAAACCGAACGACGAAAACCCUUUUGGUAAAGUGGAAGGAAGAGAUGCUGCUAACCUGCCCAACGCCAAGAAUGACAUUUUAGAAAAAUUUAAGCCUGUGGUCCCCUGGCCUCACGUGGAAGGCGUAGAAGUUGACUUGGAGUCCAUCCGGCAGAAGAACGAAGGGAAAAACGAACAUCAGCGCCUGCAGCAGCAGCAGGCCGGCGUCAACAACCAGCAGAAUGUCAUGCAGAAACAGUACAUCACAUUUAAACCCCAGAAGCACAUCUACUCCGACCCCGUUCUCAAGCCUGGUCAGCUGGGAAACUUCGAGCUGAAGGAGCCUGAGCCCCAGGGAGUUCCCGGGGGCCCGGGAGAGGGGGCCAAGCCUUUUGUCCUGGGGCCCGAUUAUAAAGAUUCCAUCCAAGCCAGCAUCAAGGAGUUCGGGUUCAAUAUGGUAGCAAGCGAAAUGAUCUCUCUGGACCGGACUAUUAGUGAUUUGCGCCAUGAAGAGUGCAGAUAUUGGCAUUUUGAUGAGAACUUGCUUACUGCCAGUAUUAUUAUUGUUUUCCACAAUGAAGGAUGGUCCACAUUGAUGAGGACCGUGCACAGCGUUAUCAAACGGACACCAAGACGAUACCUGGCAGAAAUUGUAAUGAUUGAUGAUUUCAGCAAUAAAGCACACCUGAAAGAAAGAUUAGAGGAAUACAUUAAGCAGUGGAAUGGCUUGGUAAAAGUUUUUCGCAAUGAAAGAAGAGAAGGUUUAAUUCAAGCUCGGAGCAUCGGUGCCCAUAAAGCUAAGCUUGGUCAGGUGCUGAUCUACCUGGACGCUCACUGUGAAGUAGGACUGAACUGGUAUGCACCUCUGGUGGCACCAAUAUCGAAAGACAGAACCAUAUGUACGGUUCCAUUAAUAGAUUACAUAGAUGGCAAUGAUUAUACCAUAGAGCCUCAGCAAGGUGGGGAUGAAGAUGGCUUUGCCAGAGGUGCCUGGGAUUGGAGUUUGUUGUGGAAACGUGUCCCCUUAAACAGCAAGGAAAAGGCUAAAAGAAAGCAUAAAACUGAACCUUAUCGAUCACCUGCUAUGGCUGGUGGACUGUUUGCUAUUGAACGCGAUUUCUUUUUUGAGCUUGGGUUGUAUGAUCCUGGUCUUCAGAUCUGGGGAGGAGAAAACUUUGAAAUUUCAUACAAGAUUUGGCAGUGUGGCGGUCAGCUGCUAUUUGUGCCUUGUUCUCGAGUUGGACACAUAUAUCGUCUGCAUGGGUGGCAAGGAAAUCCACCACCCGCUCACGUGGGCUCGUCUCCAACUUUGAAGAAUUAUGUUCGAGUUGUUGAGGUCUGGUGGGAUGAAUACAGAGACUAUUUUUACGCAAGUCGGCCUGAAACCCAGACCCUCGCCUAUGGAGAUAUCAGUCAACUAAAAAAAUUCAGAGAGGAACGUAACUGCAAAAGCUUCAAAUGGUUCAUGGAAGAAAUUGCUUACGAUAUACCAUCUCAUUAUCCACUUCCUCCGAAAAACGUGGAGUGGGGAGAGAUAAGAGGAUAUGAAACCAACUACUGUAUAGACAGUAUGGGGCAUACAAAUGGAGGCACCGUUGAAAUGGGACCUUGUCACAGAAUGGGAGGGAACCAGCUUUUUAGAAUAAAUGAAGCCAAUCAGCUUAUGCAGUACGAUCAGUGCUUGACAAAGGGAUCGGAUGGAUCCACCGUCAUCAUAACCCACUGCAAUCUGAAUGAGUAUACAGAAUGGAAGUACUUCAAGGAUCUGCGUAGAUUUACCCACGUACCAACUGGAAAGUGCUUGGACCGUUCAGAGGUUCUUCAUAAGGUUUUUAUAGCGGACUGUGAUAAGAAUAAAAGUACACAGAAGUGGGAAAUGAACAAUAUUGUUGCUGUGUAAGGUGACCCAUUACAAUUCAACUGAAAUUGUACAGAGGGGACUGAACACCAUUUGCCUGUGUAUCUGCUGCAUAAAGGAGUUUUAGUGCAAGUGUAAAUACUUUAAUGAAGAAGAACUGUGACAAUACUGCAUCCAUUGUAAAAUUGUUUACAACUAAUUUAAUUUGUCAUCUUUGAAUGAUGUUUACAUCUUACCCUCUUGAUCUUCAUAUCUUUCAGGGUACAUUUCUUUGGGAUUUCACUCAGGGGUCUAAAAAGCAUGUUGCUUUUUCAAAAUGCACAUUUAUAUUAGGGGUGGAAGAUGCAGUAAUCCAUGUGUAGAAUUAAAGUAGUUAUUCAAAAUCUCAAAAGCACUACCUUUUCCCUUCUAAUUUAUUCAUGUAGAGUUCCUCCAUGUCUGUUGGUAAAUUUAAGAAUGUGACUAUAUCCAGCACUUACACAAAAAUGAAAAUUUUAAAUGUGGAUUAUCUGGAUGGGAUCUUUUUCCUUAGUUUUAGUCCUUUGUUAGCUGAAUGCUUACUUUUUUCUGAAAGGACUUUACUGCCAGUUUUAAAAGUGUUGGGUUUUGGGUCACAAGGAAACUUCUAAUCUAUUAAUAAUGUUUUGGUUUGUUAAUUCUAAAUAUUUCUAUGGUGUGUGUAUAUACAUAAAUCAAUACUGAUCAUUAAGAAAGCUAUUUGUUUUACUUAAAAAGGAGGAAGCCAGCAGACAAAAAAACUUAUCGAGGAUUCAGUUUCUCAUUUGAACAAGACAAAACCUCUCUCGGUGCCGAGAAUAGAUUGUAGAAAUAAAAAGUUUCACAUUGUGGUGGAAUGACUGUAAGAUCAAAAUAAGCCGUUAACAUAAGAUUGCUUUUUAAAAAAAAAAAUACAUCUGUAGUUAUGUCUAUUAAGGUGGUUUCAACAAGUGACUAAAUCAAAGAUUGGAAAUGUAUCAUUGGUGUAAAACAAAUUUUAAAAGGCAUAUAGAAGCAAAAUGACUUGUCUGUAAGACAAGCUAUGCAUAAUCAUUCACGUAUGCAACUUUUUAUACAAUGUGUAAAUACAGAUUGUUUCUAUAUUAUUCCAUUAACUUUGACAUGUACAGUGGAUCUUGGAUGAGGGUGUAAAUAUAUAACUUAGAUUGUUCUAAUUGUUUCAAUAUAGGAAAUAAAUUGAAUAUCUUUUUA